AUGCUCGUUCGCGUUCUUCUGGGACUCUUCUCGGCUAAUUGCCAAACCGUGGUGAUUUCCCUCGUCACCGGUGACGUCGACCAUUGGUGCAAGCCGGUCGGCGGUUUCAACAUCUCUGCAGCCGAUUGGAAGAAUAUUGCCAUACCGAUCGAGGCCGAACGACGCUUCAGCCUCUGCCGCAUUUACGAACGCUGCAAGCCACCCACUGACCACGGCGAUUCCGUUGAGCACCGGAAGAGCGGAGUUGUACAAACCGGGGCUGACGACUGGUACAACCGCUGCUUCCAGGACACCAACGACCCACGCAACGUGCCCUGCGAAAAGUGGGACUACCUCGUUCUGACGGUCGAAGCCAGUGCGGUGAGCUCCUGGAGCAUGGUGGGCGACCAACGUUUGCUUCCGGCCACCCUUGUCGCCCUGCAGAACUCCGGCGCCAUAAUUUCCCUCAUCCUGGCCGGAGCCUUCGUAGACUACGUCGGCAGGAGAGCCAUGUUCCUGGAUUCUGAAGUAGCGGUAGUGACUUUCACGGUGACACAUUACGUGCGUUACGCUGUCGUGAACCUUCAUACCGGGGCCAGUGUGGCCGUACACACAAUUUUUACCAGCCUCAUGCAGUUCGAGGUGAUGACUCACGUGCACAGGCUGCAGCAUGUCCUGCUUCUGGUGGUUCUAGGCCUGACGAUAUGUGAGGUUUGGAUUGUCAUCGUCAAACCCGUGGUCACCGACUGGCGCCUGAAGCAGGUCAUCUUCCUAGCACCAACGGCUGUCCUGCCCCCUCUGUCUGCCGCACGGGAAUCAUCGCGGUGGCUAGUCAAUAAUGGAAGGCUGGACGCGGCCAAAGCAGUCAUGAUGCAGGCGGCCAAGACCAAUAAUUUCCCGCCUCCUGCCACGGUCUCUCCUGCGGAGAAGCUGAAGAAGCAGGUUAAGAAUUACGGGGGUUGCGUCGCUGUGUACGCUUUUCCUUACGGAUUAUCUACGUCUGCAUUUACAUAG